AUGCAGAAGCUACUUGGAGAUAUUGGAGGUCUUCAGUAAUCCCUCUAUAUUUUAGGAUUUAUACUUAUUGAUUUUUUUUCUAGAAGAAUUUUUGUAGCAUCAAUACUAAAGUAGAUCUACUAAGUUAAGCAAAAUCUUGGACAAAUGAGAUAGGAGGAUUAGAAUAAUUCGGGAUAGAUCGAGAAGAGCAAAAGCUUUAAUACCGGAGUAAAACCUAAUCGAUUUGCAUUUGAUACCAUAGUCCAUAGCAGAAUGAGUAAUAGAGAUAAUGAAAAUGGAUAAGGAAAAUAGAAGAGUAUCUCUGUUAUACAAACUUCAAUUUAAUCUAUCAAGGAAAGUGAUUCAUUCCAUAAUUCCCAAGAUGACUAAAAUUAGGUUGAUGUAUUGCCUGAAAUUGAAAUUUAGAAAGAAGAGGCUCCAUAAUCUUUUAUCUCAAGUUUUGUAGGAAUAGAUAAUAGUCAUGCAAGUAUAUUAGAAAUCCAAGAAAAAGAGAAUGAACAAAACUUUCCUCAAUAUGGAUGGCAUCUCGCAUCUUUUGAAACACCGCAAGAAUAAGUUUUCGGAAAUACAGAUCCGGAAUUCAAUAUUAAAAUUAAGGAAGAUUCAAGCUCUAUCAAGCAAGACAAAGAGUAAAGAAGAAUAGACAGAGUUAUCAAGGAAAAGAAUAAAUUACUAAGCAAGGAUUUAAAUUCAAUACUUUUAAAUCUAAUAAACAGGAAAAGAUUCAAAUAUACUGCACUAAACAUACUUGAGUAUGUCUUUAGCUGCUUAUGUUUGAAGAGAGGAACUAGUCUUAAGUAUAAGCAGAAAUUCAAAAAACAUUUUAUAUUCAAGAAAGGUCAAGAUAAACUGCUUGAAGAACUAGAUAUUGUAUCAAUAUUGAAAUCAAUGAGACAAGUCAAGCUGCUUACUCAAGUCUUGCUCAAUCAGAGACAGAAUAUGAUACUCAAAUUUCAGAGAAAAAAUCUUAUAGAAACUAGCUCAUCAUCUGAGGAUAGUGACAACAAUAAAAAUUAUUAUACAAGCAAACUAAUGGAAAGUAAAAAUCCAAUGAUUAGGCUAGUUAUUUUUGGAAAGCUUAAAAAGAUGGUUCAGUCUUAUAAAAAUCAAAAGCUAAAGGAAUUGGAUAAGAGAUUAUUAAGAGGGCUAUUUAUAAGAAAACUAAAAGAUUUUGAUGAAGAUCUUCAAGAUAAACUAAAAAAUAAGACGCUUUUGAUGCGACUAAGUGAAAUUUUGAUAAAGAAAUCUGCGAGUAGUAGUAUAGCUAAUGAGAGUAAUAACAAUGUUAAAUUUAUAACUAAUGAGAGUUAGAUGAAUGGUGAUCACUUAUUAAAGAUCAAACGAUUGGAAUAGUAUGGCGAAAAGUAAAGAAUAUAAUCAAAACAAAAUCAUAUAUUUCUUUAGGAUGGAUAAAGUGUUAAUGACUCAAUCUAAAGUAUAUCAAAAUCUAAUGCUAUUUCAAACAUUUAGAUUAAAACUGAUUAUUUACUUGAUUAAAUUAACUAGAAAGAAUUGGUUUUCAAUAGAACUAAAAAAAAGGUUUCAAAGGCUUAAUGA